AUGUCUCUUCAUGCUAACCUUUUGUUAAUCAAUCAUCAUCUUGUUAACAAUAAUGCCUAUUCUAUUCAUUUUUCGAUAGAUUGUCCUUUUGUUAAAUUUAAUGAUUCAAGGUCUGAUUUGUCAGUUUCUAAUCUAAGAUCAACUGGUGCAAAUUAUAUUACCAUUGUUGUAACAAACUUUCAAGAUUCUAUAGAUACAACAACUAUCUAUCCAACCAAUUUAACAGCAACUGAUGAUGAAUUAACACAUGUUAUUAAUUAUGCUCAUGGUUUGGGUCUGAUGGUAAUGCUAAAACCACAUAUAGAUCUGACUAAAGAUCCAUCACAUUGGAGAGGGGAUAUUGGUCUAAACUACAACGAUCAAGAGUGGGAUGAAUGGUUUACCAACUAUAAUGCCAUCCUAGUUCACUAUGCUCAAAUGUCUCAAAAACUUGGUGUUGAACAAUUCUCUCUUGGUUGUGAACUCAUUGCUACUUCACCAAGAGAUUCACAAUGGAGACAAGUAGCAGCGUCAGUUAGAGAUGUUUAUGAUGGUAAGAUUACAUAUGCUGCUAAUCAUGGUGGUGAAGAGACCAAUAAAACUUGGUGGGAUGUUGUAGACUAUAUUGGGGUGGAUGCUUACUAUCAACCUACUACUCUCAAUGCAACGUUGGCAAGUCUUACUGAUAUGUGGUAUGAAAUCAUGUAUGUCGGUCUAAACAAUGGCAUCGAACAAAUGACAACCAGUCUUUAUAAUCUCACCGUCUUUUGGAACAAACCAAUGAUCUUUACAGAGAUUGGUUAUUGCUCGGGAGAGUGUACUCUUGGACCUGGUAUAGACCUUGGUUUCCAAACUGAACAUUUUGAAGCUGUAUUCUUGGCUUUUCCAGAUUUAAAUUGGUUCCAUGGAGUUCAUUGGUGGAAUUGGGCAUCCGACUCUGCAUUUGGAGGUGAUAAUAAUUGGUGUAUGACACCUCAAUUCAAACCAACAGAAGAUUUAAUUAGAGCAGAGUAUGGUGGUACUGAACAAUCUGUUAGACCAGACUACCCACCUCUUUGUCCAUGUAUUCUUUAA